AUGGGCGCCGUUGAUAUGGUGUUUUAUCGUUGCUCCUAUAUUCUUAGAACUGGCGAGGAAUGUAACCGGGGAUGUUAUCAUCCAAAGGGGUGUAAAGUUCAUAGGGAUUCCCCUAUACGUAUACCUUGCAAAGAGUGUGGCAAGUUAACUUGGUCUACUUAUGGUUUUUGUGAAGAUCAUUCUGGGGGGCAAAUUAUAGUUGAGGAAAUUCCGGCAUAUAAACAUACUCCAAUUAAGUGUCAACAGUUGUCAGCAGUUGUCAGCAGUAAAAAAAAUUCCACUGACACCUUUCCUGGAGUUCCAAGCCCGAAAGCAAGUCUUCUCGAUAAGUAUAAGAAUCAAUCGAGGCUGGUUGAAGAAUUAAACUUGAAAUUUGAUUCCAUUAUUGCUGAAUUUAAAAAGGAAAUGGAAGCACUCAUUGAUAUUAAUGCCAAACUUCAUGCUAGGGUUAAAGGGUUGGAACAUGAAAAGAAAAAGAUUGAUGAUAAAAUUGAGGACCUAGAAGACACUGAUAAAUAUCUAGAUACUGAAAUUGAGGAUAUAGGUUAUCAAAGUGAAAAGAACGACACUAGAAUUGUGAAAUUAGAACAGACUCAAAAUACAAUAAUUAGUUUCUUUAAAAAGAUUUCUCUGACACCUUGA